AUGGAUAUGGAAAUGUUAAACGGCCAUAGCUGUGCCGAAAAUCCGGAAAAUUUGGAAAACGGCGUAGAAGGCGAAGAAGUUACUGUAAAUGAAGAAAAUUGUGCUUCAAAAGCUAGCAACGGAAAUGUUGAAGACAUACGUAUUAAAAAAAAGGCUAAAAGACUUAUGAAACAAUUUAAUAAAGAAAUGACUUGGAACAAUCACGGAGGUUCAUGGGUCGGAGUGCCCUCCAGAAAUUGGAAAAACACUCGAAGGCCUAGAAAUGGAUUCGGGAGAGAAAAUGGAAUACAAUUAAGGGGAGGCCAUUUUUAUUUUUAUUUUUUAUUUUAUUUUUAUUUUUGUUUUUUUGUUUUGUUUUGUUUUCAUGGGAGAAAAUAA